AUUCACUCUAUCUGGACUCCCACAGUACACAGAACAUGGAAAUGCAAUUAUUUUAGUAAAUAUAAACUGCUAAGUAUGUCUUGUGACUUCUAUCAAUGUCCAGCCAAACAUUGGUUAAAGCUUGUAGGAGGAGUUUUGUUUCUGCUCUAGGAGGAUGCAGGACCCCUGACCUCUGUCUGGACAGUGCUGAACGGCCCUGUGCUGAUCACAUGCACUCUUUCAAGAAAAAAAAAACCCUCUCUAGCAAUACACACCAAACUGAUCAUGUGCAGAGUGUCUCCACACGAUCAGGAGAUAAGGAGGUUCCACAGUAGGUAUAACAAGCAUGCUUUACUGCAUAUACAGACUGAUUUUACUGUUGUGGGUUUAGUAACGCUUUAAGUAAAUCAACCCCAUGGUUUGCUUUACACA